AUGCUGCUGGCGAUGGACUUACCAAAUACCGACUCUCAGACGGUGGCAAUUACGGCGGAAGUCGAGUGUGUGAAAUGCUAUUCUUGUGGAUUUACAGAGGAUUGCACGCCUGCUUAUAUUUCUCGAGUUCGCGAUCGCUUCCAUGGCCGAUGGAUCUGCGGGCUCUGUAUGGAGGCGGUGAAAGACGAAGUUGUGAGAUCGGGGAAGCUAAUCUCUACUAAAGAAGCUUUGAUUCGACACGCGAGUUUCUGUAAAGAGUUUAGAUCGACAAAUCCUAUGGAUGAAACAGAGCAUCCUAUCUCCGCCAUGGGACGGCUACUGCGGCGGAGCUUAGAUUCUCCCAGAGUUCUCCGAUCAAAUUCAAGUAAUGUAAUCAAACUCGAACCAAUUGUGGACAUCGGAGAUUCGGCUAGACUCCAACGAUCCGGGAGUUGCUUUCCUUCCUUGUCUAGUUAAAAAAAAACAAAUAAAAGAAACAGAGUAACAUUUUCAAGCGACUAACUAGCUUUAGUGGGUGGUUUCAACUUUCAAUUAGACUUCUCCGAUGAUUUUCAAACCAUUUAAAGAAAAGGGUUUGUGAAUUUCAGGAGUAAACUGACCAUUUUCUAGCUUUUCUGAUUCGUAAAUUUCGUCGUCGUAGUUUGUAUUUGAACAUCGGGUUGGGAUUUGUAACGAAUCAUUAGGUAAUUGUGUUUGCUUGAGAAGUGUACAUUGAUAAUUGAAUGGAAAGAUCGAAGAAUCUUUCAGUGGCUGUCGUCUGAGCUCUCCUCUGUUGCUAUUGUCGGGAUAAAGCUCUUCUCUGUUGGAAGCCGCCGGAAAUGGUUUAGCUUUCUUGUCUCUUUUUCAUGGAGAGCCAUUAGAAUCCAUAUUAAUUGACCAAUUAGUUUAUAUCA